AGCUAUUUGCAAAUCACAUUAUAUUCCGAUCGAUUCGCUGACGAAAUGAAGCUCUCGGUUUGGCCAGUUUAUUCUGUGCCUAUAACAAUUUUUUUGACGAUUGUCUUGCGGGUAGAGACGCUGAAUGUGUUGGAACAAUUAGAGGCUGCCUUUGAGCAGUCGGAAAAUGUACUUUCCACUAUAAAGGAGGCCCUUUCGCAAAUGGAAGCUAAUGAGGUACAUCCCACUUCCUGCUUGUUUUCUGAAGCUAAGGAAAAUGGUUUGUACACCCUGGAAGUACCAGGAUUGAGUCCCUUUCAAGUGUACUGCGAAAAUCAAAUAGCUGGCCCUGGAUGGAUUGUAAUCCAGAGGAGAUUCAGUGGAAACCUCAGCUUCUUUCGCAAUUGGGAAGAGUACAAGAAUGGCUUCGGAGACCUGGUGGGCGAGUACUUUCUGGGCCUCGAAAAGAUUCGAGCCCUGACUGCUCUGGAACCCCAUGAACUGUAUGUCCACCUGGAGGACUUCGACGACACUGUGAAACAUGCCAAAUUCGAUGAAUUCGCCAUUGGAAACGAGGAGGAUGGCUACGCUAUGAACGCACUGGGAAAAUAUUCCGGAACUGCGGGGGACUCCCUUCGGUCGCACCGCAAAAUGAAGUUCUCCACCUACGAUAGGGACAACGAUCGUGAGUUCGCCAGGAACUGUGCGUUCUACUACCUGGGCGGGUGGUGGUACAAUGCCUGCCUGGAUAGCAACCUCAAUGGGCAGUACAUGCCGGGGGGCAAGUACGAGGAGAAGCUGUUCGCCAGAGGAAUGUGCUGGAGGUCUUGGCGUGGCCACAACUACGGCUAUAGGAUAACCCAGAUGAUGGUACGACCCAAGUGCCGAAAUAUACCCGUGAUUCAUCGCUGAUAUUGUCAUUAUGAGCUGUUCACUCCCUCUUUGAGGUCCACGUGAAAACAAUUUGCUUGCGCCCUUGAUUAACAUGCAAAAGGUGUUGCCAUUGAAUCACCACAUUCUUGCCGAGCACAUUAAUCAGAAUCUCAAUCACAAACGCGAAAUAUACUGUGAUUCUCAAUGAAA